CCGCCCCCGGCCCCGCAGACCCCGCCCAUGACCCAGCGUGCCCUGUCCGUGCUCGUGCUGGCCAGCGCCGCCCUCAUUGUCUACUUCGUCAUCCGGACCGUGCGGCUUAGAAGAAGAAACAGAAAGACUCGAAGAUAUGGAGUUCUGGACACUAACAUAGAAAACAUGGAAUUGACACCCUUAGAACAAGAUGACGACGAUGAUGAUACAACGCUGUUUGAUGCCAAUCAUCCUCGAAGAUCUCUAAAAAAAAAUUUUGAAUGGCAGUGUGGACCCCAAGACAUAGUCUGCAAAUCUCCAGGGAUCCGUGGACCAUGUGUUGAAAACCACUGUUCUAGAGCACUGAUUUUUAACUGGGGUACAGUGACACCCCUAGGUACUGCAAGAUCUUAAGGGUGAUAAGUGCGUGCCUUUCAGAGAGAGAAUUUAAUCUUAGCUACAGAAGAAGAAUGUUACCUGGAAGGAAUAAGAAGCCAAUAUAUUUCCAGGGUUUGGGGGAGGGCUGGAGGGAGGAAGAGAUGAUGGUGAUGGGUAUUUAAACUGUGUAUAUUAUGACAUCCCUCAUUUGUUGCAAUAAAUACUGUAACAAUUUGUUGUACCUUUUUGUAUAUAUAGAAUACUUUAAAUUCAAAGCUUAUGGAAAGUGUGUGCACUAUUUGGAAACAGUUGCCUGUUUUUACCCUUUUAAAACAGGGUGUUUUCUGCUUGUUUUAUUCCUUAUUUACCAUACUGAUGGUAUACCCUUUUCUACAGUAAUCUGGAAUAUGUUCAUUAAUUUUUUGCCAAUGUAAAAUUAAGUAAAUCAACGUGAAAUCAACACGUCAGUUCUCUAGUAGUGCUCAAAUUCGGGUUUUAUUUGGGAUGCUUUCCUCUUCAAAAGAAUAUGCCAAACUACUGCCUUGUGUGAUUUUUUUUUAAGAGUAUUUUUAACUAAAUGAAUGUGAGUUGUUGUAUGUAAACAUUAUUUAAAACUGUAUGGAAGUGUACAAAUAAAACGUUUUACAACAUUCCUA